AUGGCGACCAAAUCACAAACUUAUAAUUUUAAGGGUAUCACCUCAAUUCCUACAGCCAGUAAGCUGAUAGACAUAGUUUUAUCGCAAACUCAACGCAAAACACCAACUGAAGUUCAUAAACAGUUUAAAAUCUCGAGAAUUAGAAAGUUUUAUAUGAGGAAGGUUAAAUUUUGCCAACAGACUAUACACGACCGUUUGCAGCGUAUUUUAUCACAGCUCCCUCAACUAAAUGACAUUCACCCAUUUUAUUCUGAUUUGUGCAAUGUUUUGUACGAUAGAGAUCACUACAAAUUAGCACUUGGACAAUGUAACUCGAUAAUGAGAGUAGUUGAUAGACUGGCGAAGGAAUACGUGAGACAGAUGAAAUAUGGAUCGUCCCUAUAUAGAUGUAAAAUGCUCAAGAGAGCUGCCUUGGGCCAUAUGUGCACAGCUCUUAAGAGACUGCAAGGUAGCUUAAAGUAUCUUGAAGAUGUAAGGCAACAUAUGUCAAGACUGCCGUCAAUUAAUCCAUAUACUCGAACACUCAUUUUAACUGGGUACCCAAACGUUGGAAAGUCGUCAUUUAUGAAUUUGGUUAGUAGAGCAAAUGUCGACGUUCAACCUUACGCCUUUACAACAAGGUCGCUAUACGUUGGACAUUUCGACUACAACUAUCUCAGAUGGCAAGUGAUUGAUACGCCAGGAUUACUCGACCAUCCGUUGGACCAGAGAAAUACCAUUGAAAUGACAGCCAUAACUGCACUGGCGCACAUCUACUGCACAGCUUUAUUUUUCAUUGAUGUGUCCGAGAGUUGUGGUUACUCAAUAGCUGACCAGAUUUCACUUUUCAAAUCAAUAAAGCCACUAUUUCAAGACCGACCUAUUCUAAUAGUGGUUAAUAAAAUCGACCUUGUUCAAUUCAACAAGGAAACAUUGUCUGAAUUGUCUGAUUAUAAAUGGGUUUGCACAUCUGCUUUAACAGGUGAGGGAGUUGAGGAGGCUAAAAUUGAGGCUUGUAAAAUGCUUCUUCAAUCCCGCUUAAACACCAAGAUCCAAAACGCCAGCGUUGAAAAGCUCGAGAAAAUAAACUAUGUCACAAACGUUGAACCGAGCAAGGAUAGACCACCUGUGGAACCCGUGCUCAACAACUCUGAUGUCAAGGUGGUAACAGAGAAGGAUUUGGAAGAGAAGUUUGGAGGCGCAGGUGUUUACUCAGUAGAUCUCAGAAAAAACCACAUAUUGGCGAACGAGGAGUGGAAGUACGAUGAAGUUCCUGAAAUUUAUAAUGGUAGGAACGUUGUGGACUUCGCAUUUCCAGGAAUUGAGGAGAAGAUAAAGAUGCUUGAACGUGAGGAGCAGCUCCUCCUUCAGCAACUUCAAACCACUGAGCAAGAUAUCCAGUGGGAUAUUCUGGUUGAGAAGGAGAAGUUCCUCAACUCGGCAAUUAGGAAGAAGAAGUACGAAAAUAGCCUGAAGAAGAAGCACAGGGCUCCUGUUCUCAACGAGACCAUUAAGCUCAAAAAAGUAAGGAAGGAGGCCAAGGAAAGGCGGCUUAAGAAGCUUCAUGACAUGCCAAUUGAUUCCAUUAGGAGAAACAAGAUUAAAACUGACCGGGAUGAGAUGGUUGAGAAACUCCAGUUGGCUAAACUGAAGCAACGUGAGAAACCUGAGAGGCCUGAGAAGUUUGAGAAGCCAAAGAAGAGAGUUAAGCUUCCAAAGGGCACUUAUAGGCUAAAUGAUAGGUCGAUAAUAUCCAAGAAACCUAAACACAUGUUCUCUGGCAAGCGCACAUUGGGCAAGACUGACCGGAGGUGA